UUUUUUUUGAAAUCUUAUAAGAAGCUCAUGUCCGAAGAUCUGAAAAGUGUGGAGAACAGGUUAUCGGAGGAGCUUAGAGAGACAGAGAGACAACGACAGAGGAACACAGAACUGUUGGAGAAGAUGGAGAUUCUCUGUGAUGAACAUGAAAAGAUCAAACAGGAGAGAGCACAUCUGCAAGAGCAAAUCCAGCAGAUGCGUGAAGAGCUGCAGAAAGCCCAUGCCGAGCUGGAGAGCUCCACGAAGACAUUAGCAGAGGAGCAGAGGAGAAACCAACUUCUCACACGACUGAAGGACAAAUACGAACUCCACGACGAAGAAGAAGAAGAGAACGAGAGCGUGAGAGGAGAGGAAGAGAAGACGAAGGAGGAGUACGGGACAAACUAG